GCCUGGAUGCUGAGGGGGCGACGGAGGCUGAGGCGACGACGGCGGCUGAGGCGACGACGACGACGACGACGACGGUUGAGGCGACGGGGCCCGGGCCCGGAAAAGCACCUCUCAGGGGUGCUUCACUGGAAGAGGCUUUCCAGAAACACAGUGGGGACUCACAGGUUCGAACACUGGAGUGCAGGCCCCUGCUGAAGUGAGGCCCUUCCCUGAGGUGGAGAAUGGCUUCAGCCCUGGCUUCCCUGGACCAAGAGGGGCUCCUGAUUGUGAAGGUGGAGAGGGACUAUAUGUGGAAGGAGGACACCGUCCCCCUGGAGGAUGACAUCGCCCCGGAGAGGUUCCACGAGCGCUUCAGGCAGUUCUGCUACCAAGAGGUGGCUGGCCCGCGAGAGGCCCUCAGCCGGCUCCGGGAACUCUGUCGCCUGUGGCUGAGGCCCGAGAUGCACACAAAGGAGCAGAUCUUGGAACUGCUGGUUCUGGAACAGUUCCUGACCGUCUUACCCAGGGAGAUCCAGAACUGGGUGCGGGAACGCCAUCCGGAGAGCGGAGAGGAGGCGGUGGCGAUGGUGGAGGAUUUGCAGAGAGACCCCAGGAGACUGAGGCAGCAGGUUACACUCCGCCGGCAGGGUCAGCAGGGGCUCCUGGAAGGUGCAGAGUCUCUCAACUUGCCGCCGAAGGAAGAGGAGCAGCGCGCGAGGGCGAACCAGGAAAAGGGGCUGUGGAGCCCACAGUCUGAGCCACGAGAGCCAUCAAGCCCUAAGGAGGUGCAGUCAAGCCUUGAGGAGGAGCUUCAGCCCCUGCGGGAGAGAGUUUCUCCUACUCCUCGGGUUCCUAGCCUUUCCCGAAAGGGGAGCACCAGAGACCGGGAUAUGGCCGUCGCACUCCUGACGUAUGACUCCCAGAGAUCCAAGAAGUACGAGAACACAAGCAUGUCCCACACCCAGGAAAGGCAGAACCAUCUGGUUCCUCCCCGAAGAAACCUCCACCGACACCUCAAGCAGGAAAAUUAUGGGAGUAUAAGCUCACUGGGAUUUGGCAUUUCCAAGCCUGACAUCUCUGGGCUAAAGCCAGGGGAAGAAGGAUUGGGUGACCUGGAUCUUCAGGGCUCCAAGGAUAAGGACAUCCUGAGAGGCUCCUGUCCUGAGGAGCAGGAAGAGACCGAAAGCGAAGCUCCAACACGGCGGGAAGAAACAAACUGGAAAGACCAGGAGUCCGAGGCAUGGAAAGAUGAGAAGGUCACAGGCAUGCACUGGGACUCGGAGGAAAUUAAGACUUUACUUGCCAUUCUCAGCGAGCCUCAGUUUUACGAAAUCAUCCGGAUCUGCCACCAAAACAGCCAGGUGUACGGGGCCGUGGCAGAGCGGCUGCAGGAGUACGGCUUCCUCCGGACACCGGAACAGUGUCAGGCCAAGUUCAAAGGCCUCCUAAAGAGCUACCGUAGAGCAAGGAGCGGCCAUGUGCUGGAGCCCUGCAUCUUCUAUGAUGAGAUGGACGCCUUGAUGAGCUCCUGGUCUCCCGUUCUCCCUACCGACGUCCUAGAGGAGGGGAUGUCUCUCCCUUACUACGGAAUGGGCCACGCCGAGACGGACGAGCAGGAGCCCGGGGCCUGGGACCACGAGGUGGCCACAGCAGGGGUCUUGUCGGAAGAGUCCGACAGUGACGAGUUGGGCAUUGAAGAACCGGCCCAAGAGGAGGGUCCUUCAUCUCUGUUCCAAGGCUCCCGAGGUUUUGAGUUCGGGAAUGGUAUUAAGAAGAAUCCCAAGCAGGAAAUUUCUGACGAAGUGAAACUCCACGGGACAUUCCCAGGAAGACCCAAAAUGGAUGCUCCCCUGCAUCCCGAUUGGGAAAAAGCUUUUGAGAAUGAGUGCAGCUCAGGGUGGCAAUGGGAAAACCCCCAAGGAGAGAGGCAGCAGAGAUUGACACCUCAGGAGGAUUUAGAGAAAGUCCUAGGCUUUCAGUGGCCAUACCUGGGGGAGAGUUCCUUUGCGUAUCUCAAAUUUGGGAAGGGCUUUCCUCACAGCUCCCACCUCAUUACCCAUCAGCUAGCCCAUCAGAUAAAGAAUCCUCACACCUGUAGCGAAUGUGGGAAAAGCUUUGAUCUGAGCCGGAGCCUUAUUAGACACCAGAGGAUCCAUACGGGAGAGAAACCUUAUAAAUGUCUCGACUGUGGGAAGAGCUUCAGUCACAGCUCAAACUUGUGCGCCCAUCGGAGAAUACACACGGGGGAGAAACCCUAUAAAUGCGGCGAGUGUGGGAAAUGCUUCAAUCAGAGCUCAAGCCUUAUCGUGCACCGGAGAAUUCACACGGGAGAGAAGCCCUUUAAGUGUGCCGAGUGUGGGAAGUGUUUCAACCAGAGCUCAAGUCUUAUAGUGCACCAGAGAACCCACACCGGCGAGAGACCCUAUAAAUGCGGCGAGUGUGGGAAGAGCUUCAACAACAGCUCCCACUUCAGCGCCCACUGGAGAACCCACACGGGAGAGAAGCCCUAUGAAUGUCCCCAGUGCGGGAAAAGCUUUAAUAGAAGCUCUCACCUUACCAAACACUGGAGUAUCCACAGGAGAGAAAAGCUGCUGCUACAGCCCAGACCUAGUUACAACCCAGAGGACCUGCAGGGGAGUAGCGUGCUUUAAAGGCGUCAGGCCGGGGAAAACCAUUUUGGGGAAGCCCCCCCACCUUCCUCCUCCCAAAAUUCCUACUUAUCCUAUCAAAAUAGUCCAUCAGGUUUAGGAAAAAGAGUCUUUGGGGUUUUCCCUCCGCUUCCGUAGCAGCUAUUCUGCUCCUAGUAUAUCUCAAGCCAAAAUUCCCAAGGUGGACAGCCCAGGAGUAGGAAGACUGGGGUCCCACUUUGCAGCUCUGCCAGUGACUUGAUAAAUCGGGCCAUGACUCUCACAUCUGUCCCAGUUUCUCUGGGUCACAUGAGGAGAAGAUCGGAGCUGGGUGUUCCAUUUUGUGAUUCCUGUUUAGUGCUUGUUGCCCCAGCCAGGUGACUGACCGUGGGAGCUGGUUGCAGCAGCUCAGAGUCAGAAAAACGCAGGUUCAACAUGCUCCAGGGUUGGGCUCAAAAGAUGGGCGCCGAACUGGAGGGAGCAUGCCGAUGGCGACGCCAUCUCUUCCUCCCCCUGAGAAACCUCCUCUGUGAAAGAGUCCCGAAGGCCACGGUCUCCGCUAGGAUAUGGCCUGGACUCGCAUCCAGAUGUUUGAAAAAGUUAUGCAGAUACGACCAGUACAUUUGCAUCUUUAAAAAAAAAAUGUAUUUAAUUUUCAUUAAAUUUGCAUCAUUUUGCAUGUCCCUGCAUAAAUUACAUGCUUAAUUUUGAUGCAUUCCUAGAGUUUUUCCUUCUUAAUUCCUUCCCAUCCGUCCACUCACGUAGUAGGAGGACAGGCUUUCCGAGGCCCCAAGUAUAGGUCACUUCCCAGUCGAGGAGGGCCCUCCGAGGAUGGGCGAGGGCCGUCCUGUCAGGUUCAGACCUCUGAGCCGGUCCUGAAACUAAACUAGCCUGCUAGGGUUGAGGACUUGAAACGGGGGGCCGCCCAGCUCUAGAACGGAGCUGCCAGGCUCCCCGGAGGUUAGGCUUAAGUGAGACGAAGUUCAUCGAGCGUGCAGCUUCCCGUGCACCUUCUGAGGGCCUCCAGCCCCAGAGACUUGGCCAAGCCUCGUCUUCGCUAAAGACGAUGGGAUGGGGCAGGGCUAGUAGGAUUUACCGAGAAAGCUUAGGGCUACUACGGACUUAUUACUUUAUCCGCCAACCCCCAGCGGAAGAGGCCUGCUUUCCAAGCUCUCAGAUAGGGCAGGACUACUGUUAGGCCAGAGGGGCCAGAAGAGGAGUCGUCAGCGGAAGUCAGGAAGCCUUCGUGUAAAAGGAAACAUCACCCAUCUCAUAGGCGAGGGAAACCUCCAACUGGGGGACCUGGGCGGGAGUGGCCUACAGAACCAGAAAGCCAUAUUUUCUUUCCCAUUUUGGCCACUUAACCCAGAAACCAGGUCCAGCGGCCUGAAAACUGGAGCCCAGGAUGAAGGUGGUUCACCCUUCCCGCACCUCUAAUCCCACUCGCUCUGCCUCUUUCUUCCUCUCAGAGCACCCCGCUCAGACGCCUAACACUCCCACACGCAAACAGUAACCCACGGACAGGCACAGUUUCACGUUGGUGGAGACGGGCACGGUCUUCGGACACAACCAGGAAAAAAGACACAAGGGGCACUGGGCAGCCUCACUGAUACAAUGCAUGGGUGUCCACGCGGUUUCAUUUAUUGGGCCAAAAUGGUUGAUUGCCUCAGGGGCACUUCCACCGGGGCAUUCCAAAUUCCAAUUGGAUUAUGGACGGGCUCAGUGCUACCCAACAGCCCUGACUCCACUAUAAUGCAUUCUGGAAGCAGAAGUCUUUCCUUCAAUACUGUCAGUCUUUAGAAAGUGAGCGAAGCGGGAAAAUAGUUCUCAUUAUAUAGUAUGGGGUACUAGAUUAUGUUGCCCCAGUGUUGAGGACUUGUAGUCCUAUUGACUUGGAAUCUGAGCCCAGUGCCUUGCCCGUCAGAAUUCAGAAAGAAAACGGAGUGGAAGCUUCCAGUGGACAACCAGGAAGGAGAUGUCUACCCCUCCACCAAAGUGCCACAUUGUAGCAGACCCAGAAGGAAUACGGAGCAGAAGGUGGGAGAGCUGGGGGAAAAGGAGAUCCACCAGUGGCAUUAACUGAUCCGGACCAGGUCAUUUUCAUGUUUCAGAGAAGCCACUGUCCCAUUCAAGUUUUAAAUUUGAAAAAAAAAAAUGCAUUUUUUUUUUACCAUAAUCCUUUUGACUCAUCACAAUUUCAAAAGGAUAUUUUCAGCUGAAGCCCUAGCCGUGGCUCUCAGGUUCUGGUCCUUCUCUCCUAAGUGCCCCCAGGAAGCAGGGGAACCCACUAAUUUGUAUUUUGCCCCUUUUAAAAGAGAUAUUUUCAGCUGAAGCCCUAGCCAUGGCUCUCAGGUUCUGGUCCUUCUCUCCUAAGUGCCCCCAGGAAGCAGGGGAACCCACUAAUUUGUAUUUUGCCCCUUUUAAAAGAGAUAUUUUCAGCUGAAGCCCUAGCCAUGGCUCUCAGGUUCUGGUCCUUCUCUCCUAAGUGCCCCCAGGAAGCAGGGGAACCCACUAAUUUGUAUUUUGCCCCUUUUAAAAGAGAUAUUUUCAACUGAAGCCCUAGCAGUGGCUCUCAGGUUCUGGUCCUCCUCUCCUAGGUGCCCCCGGGAAGCAGGGGAACCCACUAAUUCGUAUUUUGCCCCUUUUAAAAGAGAUAUUUUCAACUGAAGCCCUAGCAGUGGCUCUCAGGUUCUGGUCCUUCUCUCCUAAGUGCCCCCGGGAAGCAGGGGAACCCACUAAUUCGUAUUGUGCCCCAAGUUCUGCACAGCUUUAAGCUGGCUGUGCUCUGCACGGGGACAGCCGGGAAUACACUACAUACGUCUGAACAGACUGGAACACGUAGAUCCGUCCGUUCAGACCGGUGCACAAGCACCGGACGGAGCUAACUAGGGGAUGGUGAAGAGUUUAGGUAGGCCUAGUAGCAAUCAGGGCAGCUGCAACAACUCCUCUCUACACAUGAGGUGGACUGCAGCUGAUUAAGGGCACCAGAAGUGAGAAGGGGAACUGAUACACAAUGCCAACUUCUAAAGAAUCCCGAGAAUUGAAGCCCAAGCCGCAACUGGAAAAGCCCUGGUAAAUCUAGGAAAGGGUUGAAGCGAACCAGUAGAUUGUGUGUUUAUCAAGGGCAGGGAUCACCUGCUAGAUUUCCGUCUGCCCUCCCGAGUCCCCGGAACAAGGUUCCGCAUGCCACAAAUGCUGUUGAGGAGGAGGACUUUUAGCUCCUCUAAAAGUCGUCCCGUGGUAAGUAACAACCCCGAGAGAAAUGGCUCUGGGGACGGCUGAACAAACACUCCCUUUCUGAAGAGCCCGGCCGGAAGGUUUGAAUCGCUCCCGUCGCAGAAAGCUUUCCUCCCCUUUGAUUAGCUGCUGAGUUCUCGCCUCUUGCCGGGUUUUACUACGGAGAGCUGGUCUUUCCUGGGAAAUUGAAUCCAACCCUUCAGGUUGGGAACGUCAUCCCCUUCCGGGCGCUAGGCACUGGGACAACUGCCGACUCGGGAAACUAGAAAGGAGGACAAGAGGAGGUGAGAGAGGUUGGUCCCAUCCGAGGGUAGGCCGAAAGGUGGGGGCGAGUUCCGUGGGAAGCCCCAAGUCGGGAGGGAAAGGUUCGCUCCAAGCUAGGAAACGGGGAGGAAAGUUUGCAGUCGAGGUGAAUUCCUGGGGACCGAAGGACUCGGAUCUACUUAUUUUGAAUCCACCCUAGCACUUAGCACGGUGCCUGGCACUGUGGUUACCGGAUACGGUUUCCGUUACUACGAUUAUUAACUGAGAUGGGAAGCUGGGAGAUCCCAGCCCAAGGUAAAUGCUGGACGAUUUAAUGGCUGGAAAAAUACCUCAUGCUGGAGUAGGGCAGCUUCCCCUCCUUGGCCGCGUCCACCAAGGACACCUCUCCCGAACAGGACAGAACUGCUCGUACAUUCCACUCAGAAGUUCAAACUCUAUCGGUUUUCCUUGUUUCUUGUUUUGUUUCGUUUUAACCUUCCCUCUUGUUUCAGGUGUAAUAAGUGUAUUGAAAAGACAAAGGAAUGAGUGAGGUUGGACGUAGAAAGUGACAUGGAGGAGAAUAGGGCGUAAGCGGGAAAGGAAGGGGCCGUUAAAGGGCCUUCGGUGGGCCCAGCUUUCUAAUCAACUUACCCUGCCGGACCAAUUACCUUGCAAAGAGUAGAAGAAAUGGAUCAGCAUUGCCCCUUUUCACCUCUUCCACCUCCCAAGGUGAAGUUCACCCCCAGGAGCGGCAUCUUUUGACCAAAGGACGACUGUGUAUCCCGUAGGAGAGUUGAAUACGCUCCAGGUCAGUAAAGUGACUCCGGGGAGUGGCUGCCCCUCUCACCCUCUACCUCUCGCUCCGGACCCCGAGCCUACCCACGCCACCCACCUAGAGUGAGGCCAGGACACCCCGGAGGUGUGGAGUUCAGCUGGAGGAAACAUGGACACCCACACGUCCCACGCUCGCUUGUGCCGGUCAGCAAGGAGUGGCAAAAACCGCAGGGAGUGGUUUUCCGACUUUCCUCCAGCUCCCGCUUCGAGGAAACGCGGUGGCGAGGUAGGGGGCACUUGGAAAGCCUUAGGAAAGCUCAUCGCUCAUCUGCAUUCUGUCUCUGCUCUUCUGGGGGGGGGUCUCUACGCCCUCGAUUUCAACCCAUCCACCCCGCCGGCCCAACCUGUGACCCCGUUCCUCCCCUCCAUCUCAUUCUUGUAAUUAUUCUAUCUAUCUAUGUGUGUGUUGAUGUAAGUUAGUCUUAACUCCCCUAUUAGAUUGUAAACUCCCCGAGGGCAGAAACCAUGUCUAUUCUUUAAAAUGUAUCCCUAGUGCCUGGUUCAAUGCUAUGCAUCCUGUGGGCACUCAAUAAAGACUUGUUUGACUUGA